GUACUUAUGACUAGCUGCGAAGUAGUUCUGGUCAAUCGAAACGUUAUCGACAGCUUCCGUGUUGGGAAAGACGGUUGUACGUAUGACACAAGUGUUUGCGUGAAUUCCCAAGCAAAAUGGAUUAAAUCUAAUGGUCUGUGUUUGUGCAGUGUUUCGAAACCUAAUUUAAGAAAUCCUACUACAAGACCUGGCAAUGAUAAAGGUCAUGGCUGUAUCUACAGUGGGAGUAUCCGCGCUGGAGUUGGUGAGUCCUAGUUGUUCAUUUCAACUUUACAGCUGAACAUUUAAACUUGUUUCAUAAUCUACAGUACAUUAAAUAAUUGAAUUAUUAAAUCCCAUUAAUGAUUAUUAUACAUAAUUACAUAAAGCUUGCAUUAGGCUUUUGCGCUAUGCUAAUCUGACAUUAUGUGAUAAUAUUUACAGACAAAUACGUGUUUAUACUAAACACAACAAUCUUACCGUAAUUACUCCGGCUAUGGAAACGCCGUCGUCUAACUUUAAUCCAAACUCCAUUCCUUGUAGCAUCAUAUUUGGAUAAAAUAGAAAUCAUACAAAGUUGUUAAGAUUUACGAAGCGGCCGGCUCAACGACGUGGUCACGAAUUCCAGCUGAUGCAACGGAAGAGCUAAGCAAUUUGACCGGAGUACCGUAAUAAAUGUGUGAAGCCUUUUCAAAUGACCUUACAAACGGCUUACCUCGGGUAAAGCGAUUCAAUGUUUGCUGUAAUUUCGACUUUAAAUAACACCUCUUGGGUUGCAAUAAGCUUUCACGUUGGUUGACAGACGUGAUGAUGCUUAGUUUAACGAUGUGUUAAGAUUGACAAAGCCGUUGAGAAUACAUCUGGGACCACAAUUAAAUUAUUCACAGUUUUUGUCCUACAUAGCAAAUUUGUUUGUUUCGAAAGCGAGUCGUAGAUCUUAAACUCUCAAAUAUACGGCAUAUGAAAGACACCUUGCAAAUCUUGAGACGGCGCGAGUGGGUGACUUACCAAUCGGUUACAAAAUUUGUUUAGUUCAUCGUGCUCAAAAAAUCAAUCUUAUUUUAACUUUCAUUCUAAAAUAGGAGGGUCCUUCAACUACUGCGCAUUGGGCCCUUUUAAACUUAUUUCUUACAAGCGGGGAGAAUCAGCCAGAAAAUUCAGUGACAUUGAUAAUCCAAAAGUAGUGAUGAAUAGUUGUUCUUUGAGGCAUACCCAGGUAAAGUUUCCAGACAACGCUACAGAAAUGGAGCAGCAAUGGUUGGAUGAAUCUUACGUUGAUUUGAACGUCUCUAACAACGCCAUUUAUUUUAAAGUACGUAAACAUAUUUAUUCCUAUUUGUCUUUAACUAUAUUGUUUAAUAAAUUUCGUUUGUUUUUUCUUUCUUUCAAAGUGGAAAAGAUCAGUUCCAAAUUUGCAAGGGACGAUAAUUACAUUCAAUCUCUACUGUGAGGUGAAGAUUUCAGGGAUAAAGCAUGUCCAAUAUUACCAUAGAAAAUGCCUGCGUGCAAAAGUUCUUGGAAUAUGGUCUGCAGGUAGCUGUUAUAAAAAUGAUAGUGCAAGGUAUCAGUAAUAUAUAAGCUACACAAAGUUUCAUAUGAAUGCAUUCAGACCCAGUUAAUUACCUGCUAAACUGCUUUGGUGCUCACAUAACAAAAAGCUUGCGACCCUUAGUCAGCGGAUGUUCUCUAUAACAUACGUACCCAUAAUUCUAAACCAUUGAUUCCAUUUGUUAUAGGCAUACGUGACUAUAUUAAUUCUUCAUUUCGUUUAGACGCUGUUUCUGUACAAACUGAACGAACGAAGGUCUCUGAGCCAACAACCUCUGGCCAACCUAAAUCGCUGCAGAUAACAACAAAAACAAUUUCGUCUGCAAUAGUAACAACAACAGAGUCAAGUAUGUUUAAAAAUAACUUUCCUAUUUUGUAUUUCGUUGCAACGAUGUCUUAAUUUUACUCAUGCCCUUUUCUCCGCAGUAGAUUAUACCUACUGUACCGCUAAAGGGUUAAAGCGGUUAGCAGAUAGUAAAUAAUAUGUACAUUAUGAGCAAUAUGUUAUAAUACGGGGUGUAUAUAAAAAAAAUGUACGCACUUUCAAUUUCAAAUUAACCGUAACAUAUUGUAGUAAUUUGACAGCCGUAUAAUUUCUCGAAUUAACGAAGGCGUGAAAACGCAAGGUCUUCUGCACCUGAGAAUUUAGGAUAACUUGUAUUUCUAUGAAUAAUUAAUGAUUAAGUCGGUUUUCUUUCAUGUACCGAGGUGAUUAUUUUUAAUAAUCACCUUGAAUAUUAUUUAAUUAGCUGAAAAGAUGAAGGAAAACUCUGAAAAUCGUCGUUUAAAGCAGACAAAACAAUCAAAACUUUGUUGGAAAAACUUCUCAUUCAAGAAUUAAAUAUGAUAAACACCUCAGUCGAAAGUUGGGAUUUAUGCCAAAUAAUGCCCUCGGACGUAGUCAUUAUCUGACAUAAUCCCUCCUUCUUGGUGUUUAUCAUAGCUAUAUAUACAUACACAACUCGUAGGAAAAUGUUUAAAUUCUGCAUUGUUCAAGUCUGCAUAAGAUAUAAAAUGGGCCAGCUUACUGCAGAGCAACGAAUAUUUAAAAGGUUAUGGAUAAUUUGAAUUUAAAUGAAGAAUUUUGUACAUUUUUUUAUACACCCUGUAUAACCUAUGGUUCGUCUUCGUUUACCAGUCCCUUGCGGUUUUCUUCUUCAUGUAUUAUUAAUGAGAGUUUAAAUAAAAGUUUAUAUACUUCAUUCUGUCCAGACACUGUCAAUGUACAAUCUGAGCGAGCAAAGGUUUCUGUACCGACUGAGCUAACAGGCGUCUCUGUCCCAACUGAGCUAAAAGACGUGCCUUCCCCUACUGGACUAACAAAGAUCUUCAUACCAACUGAGAAAACAAAGAUCUUUGUACCAACUGAGCAAACAAAGACCUCUGCACCAACUGAGCGAACAGUAACCUCCAACCAACCCAUAUCUCCACACAUAACAACAAAAUCAACUUUAUUUGUAACAUUAAUAUCAGCAGAACAAAGUAUGUUUUGAAAUAACUUAUUCGUUCCUUUUUCACCGCAUUAGACCGUAAGGGUUAAAGGAUUAGGAAUUAAUAAUAAACAAUUAUUGAAUGAGGUUGAUUACGAUAUCGAGCAUUAUCAAGACCGAGGUUUGUGUUAUCCACCGAAGGCUGAUUAUAUUUUGGUUAAAUUGGUUAAAUAGUAUUUGGUUUAGACAUGUUAUAUUAUAGGCAUAAAAAUAUGACAUUUUUAUUCAGUUGUUUAUUUAUAGAAAAUGACGGCGUUGAAAUUGAUUCGGUACGUGGCGACAAUUAGAGCUACGCCAAACCUACAUCAAUUGCCGACCACUGUCGUCGAGGCUGCUCUUACACGGGCGUUUACAAGUACAUCUCCAAUAUCUGUGGCCCAAGAGCGUUGUUUGAACAUGUUAAGCAAACAGCAUGAAGCGGAGAUGGAGCUCUUGCGUAUCAAGAAAAAUAUUUUGUUAAUUGAACACAAAAGGAAAAUGGAAGUGCUAGACGAGAAAUUUGAAUAUUGGAAUAUAAUGAAGAAGGCCAUAAAAACCACACAGGACUAACAACAUAGUCCAAACACGCGCCAAGAAGUACAACUAACCAAAUUAAUUACUCACCCCAUUAUAAUUAUGAAUAAAAACAAGUACGUAUGUUUUUAAUGCAUGC